AUGGACGUUUACGGUUUAUCGUCACCGGAUUUGCUUCGUAUCGACGACCUUCUCGAUUUCUCAAACGAAGAAAUCUUCUCUUCUUCCUCAACCGUCACUUCCUCCGCCGCUUCCUCCGCCGCAUCAACGGAGAAUCCAUUUAACUCUAACUACUUCAACACUUCUCCUCCUCCUCCUCUCAUCACCGAUUUCACUCACGAUCUCUGUGUUCCCAGUGACGACGCAGCUCAUCUCGAAUGGUUAUCUCGAUUCGUUGAUGAUUCGUUCUCCGAUUACCCAACGAAUCCGUUAACGAUGACGGUUAGGCCUCAGAUUUCGUUCACCGGAAAACCCAGAAGCCGUAGAUCAAGAGCUCCAGUGGCUGGAACAUGGGCACCGAUGCCGGAAUCUGAGCUUUGUCAAUCCGUCGGAAAACUUAAACCGAAGAGAGAGUACGGCGUUGAAUCGGUGACGGUUGAUGGUGAAGGAGGAGUGAGGCGGUGUACUCACUGCGCGUCGGAGAAAACGCCUCAAUGGAGAACUGGACCGCUUGGACCUAAAACGCUUUGUAACGCUUGUGGUGUGCGUUUUAAAUCAGGUAGACUUGUACCGGAAUAUAGACCGGCUUCGAGUCCGACUUUUGUUCUGACUCAGCAUUCGAAUUCUCACCGGAAAGUUAUGGAACUCCGGCGACAGAAAGAACAACAAGAAUCGUCCGUCCGAAUUCCGCCGUUUCGCUCGCAGUAA